AUGAUUCUGGAGAAGAGAAAUCCCCAGGUUUGCUUUUCUUCAAUCGAGCCAUUUAUCUCUUUUAGAUCUUGUGAUUGUAACUCGAUGAGGAACGUUUGGAGAAAAGAACCACCGGAAGAAGAGGAAGAGAACUAUAUUCUAGGUUGUAUGUUCAAAUGCAAAUCGGUUUAUAAAUGCAGAUAUUGUCCAAAGAUCAUUUGCCUGAAUGAGAUAUCUAUACAAGCACAUGUUUCAUCGAAGAAGCAUGCUUAUUUGGAGAGAUUACAUAAAGAAGAGAAUCACAGUACCGAUGAUGAAGAAGUUGAUGAUCCAGAGGAGAAGCAGAUAAAAGGAAACAGAAGAGCACGAAGACAGGGUAAGAGAUCACUGAAAAAAGGAAAGCUCGGAACCGAGAAGGAUGAAGUGGAGAAGUCAGAGACGCCAUCUCAGAUAAAAGGAAACAGAAAAGCUCGAAGACAGGGUAUGAUGAGAUCACAAAUACAGGAAAAGGGUUCCUCGACCACACAAAGAGAAAGCGCAGGUGCGUCGCAAAAAUCUAGAAAGAAAAGGCGUAAAACUAAGGACUGA